AUGGGAUCCCUUCCAGCAGUUGUCGACUUCGAUGCCCCGAGCGACAAGGUAGUGAGCCCGUCUGUGCUGGCUCAUGUGCUCUUGCGCACCCAGAAGCUCCAGGAGAUGAGUGAUUUCUACACAACCUUCCUUGGGGGUCAUAAAACCGCUGAGAAUGACUAUAUAUGUUUCAUCACCUAUGACCAUGAGCACCACCGUGUCGCCCUGAUUCAGCUACCCGAGACUGGGCCUAAAGUCCCCACCAGCUCGGGUCUGCACCACUUUGCGUUCACCUUCUCUGACCUGCCGACUCUUCUGCUGUCGUACCGCCAGCGCAAGGCCCGGGGCAUACUGCCGAAGUGGUGCGUGAACCACGGCACCACGAUGUCGCUCUACUAUAAGGACCCAGACGGAAACAUCCUGGAGACCCAGGUCGAUUGCUUUGACACGGCCGGCGAGAUCACAGAGUACAUGAAGAGCAAGGAAUUUGCGGAGAAUCCUGUCGGGGCGGAUUUCGACCCGGAGGACAUGAUCAGCAGGAUCAGGAACGGAGAGCCCUGGGCUGAGCUGAAGCGCCGCCCCAAUGUUGGACCACGGAAACCGCCAAACCUUGACGACAUGUGA